UCAAUGGCGGAUAUCCAAAGAAGUCCAGGUGUGAAUUACGAGUUCGAACACAGUAGGAGGGAGCUGUUAUCGCCUGAAGCCAUGGUCGAUCAAUGUAUUUCCUUCACCGGUGAGCGUUAUCCGUCGUGGAGGCUCAAUAUCACGGAAUUUAAGUUGCCGGAACGUCGAUCUUCCGAUCAUUCUUCUCCAUUCGGUUUCAACCGCUUCUUUUUCUGUCAAAGAAAACAAGGCAAGAUUGCAGAAUACUAUAAAAAACAAGAAAGACUUCUCGAAGGAUUCAAUGAAAUGGAAGCUAUUCAUGAGAUAGGUUACCUGCCUGAAAUGACUGAGGAUGAGAUAAAGAAGCUGGCUAGGAGUGAAAGAAUGGCGGUAACUGUAUCAAACAUUGCUAACAUGGUGCUGUUCUUAGCAAAAGUUUAUGCUUCCUAUGAAAGUAAAUCAUUAGCAGUUAUUGCAUCAACUUUGGAUUCUCUGCUAGACCUCUUAUCUGGAUUUAUUCUGUGGUUCACUGCCUAUGCAAUGAAAAAACCAAACCAGUAUCGCUAUCCGAUUGGAAAAAAACGGAUGCAGCCAGUGGGUAUUAUUGUUUUUGCAUCAGUCAUGGCAACUCUUGGUUUACAAAUAUUGCUUGAAUCUGGUCGGCAACUUAUUAGUAAGGUUGGUCCCCGGAUGAACCAUAUUGAAGAGAUAUGGAUGAUUGGAAUCAUGGUCUCAGUAACGGUAGUGAAGUUUGUGUUGAUGGUUUAUUGUCGAAGGUUUGAAAAUGAGAUUGUCAGAGCCUAUGCUCAAGAUCAUUUCUUUGAUGUGAUCACUAACUCAGUCGGUCUAGCUGCAGCUGUCCUCGCAGUUCGGUUCUACUGGUGGAUCGAUCCAACCGGAGCUAUAAUUAUUGCAUUAUACACAAUUAACUCAUGGUCAAAGACAGUUAUUGAAAAUGUACAUGGUCUAAUUGGAAGAACGGCUCCACCUGAAUUCCUGGCAAAACUGAUAUUCCUUAUAUGGAAUCACGACGAGAAGAUCAAACAUAUCGAUACGGUUAGGGCGUAUACGAUUGGUAAACAUUACUUUGUGGAAGUUGAUAUAGUGUUGCCAGAAGAUAUGAUUUUGAUUGAGGCACAUAAUAUUGGUGAAAAACUGCAAGAGAAAUUAGAACAACUCCAAGAUGUGGAACGAGCCUUUGUUCAUAUUGACUUCGAGUUCAGUCACAAACCAGAACACCAAUACAAGGUUUAA